CCACGCUGGACGCUGCCCGGAUGGUAUAUAAAGGCCCGCCGCUUUCUGGCUGGCACACAAGUCUUCCUGCUACCCCUUGUAACACUCACAGGAACUAUGGCUCGUCUUCUGCUCCCGGUGAUGACUGUGGCCCUGGCCAUGGUGGCAGGCGCCAUGGGCCAGCAGGUGGGCUGUCCUUCAGGAUAUUCCGAGGCUCAGAUUCCGACCUUCAGCCUUAUCAAAGCAAGCAAGCCUGAGCUUGAUGGAUUCAUUCAAGACCAAAGUUUUGGGGACUUGGUGUACAAUUGCUUCCUUGGAAGGAAUUGUGACCAAUGCUCCCAGAAUGACGCGGUUAGACAGACCUUAACGCUGCUGCCGUGGCUGUUCCGAGAUUGCACCCAGAACCCUGCCGUCUGCAACAAGGAGCAGAGAUCCAGAGCAGUAUACAUUGCCACAGAAAUCAACAAGAGGUACUCCUCUCAGUACCAGGAAAUCCUCGCCCUCUUCAACUCUUCUUAAUAGGCACUCCACUACACAACUCGUCCCGCCACCCCUCAUGUUUCCCGUUAUAUAACUCCCAUCAGUGUUUGUGGACUGUCUACACACACGUCAACUACUCCUUGUUGAUGUCUGAUUAUAUUUGAUGUUUAAUUUAAUAAAUCCAUAAUGUGAAGA